AUGAAGUCCAUACUCGAGGCUAUUCUAGUUCUAGGAUUGGUGCACUUUUCACUGCAAGCAACUAAUUACUGUGAUCCUGCGCUUUGUGCCCCAUCGGUAAAACACAUCGGAUGCAACGCGUCUACGACAUUCGGACAAUCUACCGGAAAACUCGUGCCGUUGGGAAGCUCUUCGAUAUUUGCCAUUCUAGAUUUACACAACAAUUUCCGAAACAUCGUUUCGAUGGGUUUGGAAAAAAAUGGAAACGGCACAUACUAUCCGCAGGCUAGCCGAAUGAGAUCUAUGCAAUGGGAUACUGAGCUGGCAUCCCUGGCUACAAUCAACGCAAGACAGUGUGAAAUGAAGGGCGAUGCUUGCCGCAACACUGCCAAGUAUCCGGCAGCGGGACAGAAUUUGGCCACCUAUAGUAUGUACGGAUUGAAUAUUACGGUCGAUGAUAUAGCCAACAUCAUGAUCAAAAAUUGGUAUCGCUAUGCGUCGGGAGGCUCGUCUCAAAUGCUGCAACGAUAUCCAACUUCAGGAACAACAAUCGCAACAUUUACUCAAAUGGUGAAGGAUACAGCGGACCGAGUUGGAUGUGCCAUGUCAACCUGGAAGGAUGGUAUUUGGACGCGAUACUACUUGGUGUGUAACUACGCCAUUACUAAUAUUUAUGGCAAAGCGACUUACGCGUCGGGAAAAACGGCAUCGGGAUGUACGCAGGGCCGAAAUCCUUCUUACCCUGGUUUGUGCAGCAUCAAUGAACCUUCAAAUUAUCAGCCAUGAGUAAAAGCCAUGAGGGAUA